AUGGUCGGGAAAGUCCCUGGUCUGAUCAAGAUGGAAUCCAACACUCCUCACCCUUCCACCGCACACCGUGGACAGGGGUUCAACAUGGGUUUGGUGGCCACGUUGGAAAAGGCCGACGACAUCAAAGUUUAUGCCGAUCAUCCUGCCCAUUUGGCGUAA